GGCUGUUGUGACCCACAACACGCGCAGGGCUCCCACCACCACCGCCGCACCGACCGCGCGCUGCUCGCGUAGCUGCCUUUCUCUGGUCACCGACUCGGCGUGAAGACCCUUCGGCAGCAGCAGCAGCAUCAUCGCCAUGCCCGUGGACACUCUCGACAAGAAUGCCUCGUCUCCCGUGGCCGCGUCGACCGCUUGCAACGCGGCGGCGGCGCCCCCAGACAAGCCCAAGUCGGCGAGCGAGCAUCGCAAGUCGACCAAGCCGGUGAUGGAGAAGAGGAGGAGGGCUCGAAUUAACGACAGCCUCAAUCAGCUCAAAGCCCUCAUCCUGGAAGCUCUCAAGAAAGACAGCUCCCGACACUCGAAGCUGGAGAAAGCGGACAUCCUCGAGAUGACGGUGAAACAUUUGAGAAGUCUGCAGAGACUCCAAAUGAGCGCCGCCCUGUGCGCAGCAGACCCGGGCGUGCUGGGCCGUUACCGCGCGGGCUACAGCGAGUGCGUGAACGAGGUGACGCGGUUCCUGUCCACCAGCGAGGGGGUCCACGCCGCGGUGCGGACGCGCCUCUUGGCGCACCUCGCCGACUCCAUGGCGGGCAUCCCCUCCGGGACCGGUGGGGGGGUCUCCCCUUCCCCCCUCGCCGCGUCGGGGAACCCCCCAGCGCUGUCGCCCCUCGCCCUCCACGGAGCCGCGCUGCCCGUCUCAUCCUCCUCCUCCUCCACCAACACAUCCGUGUCCUCCGCCACGAACUCCUCCGGCGGCGCCUUGAGUUUGAGCGCUCGCCUGGCCGCGUACGGGGCCGCUGGCGUGCAGGUCAUCCACACGGCGGAGGGGCCCUUCGCCUUCAUCAUGGCCAAGGGCGCGCAGUGCGGCGCCGGGUUCCCCCAGCAGCCGGGGCCCGUGAUGGUGCCGCUUUUUGCGGGCGGUGUCGAGGGACAGCAGCAGCAGCAGCAUUCUCCACCCAGCAGCCCCCCCGUCAAGCCGGGCUCGCCCCCCCUUCUGGGUUCCACCUCCAUAAGCCCAGUCGUGCGGGGACAAGCGCGGCACGGCCAGCCCCUCCAGCCGGUGCACAGGGCCUCCGCAGCCGUGUGGAGGCCCUGGUGAUAGAUGGACCCAACCCCCACCCUUCCCACCACCCAUCCUCCUCUCAUGGGGCCAGAGAUGAAACUCGUGGAGACAAAAUCUAUGCCACGUGGGUCACAACAAGCCAGAGUUUGUGCCCACGUGAGGCCCUCAAAUGAUCGAUCGCUGCUUGGGCCACGGGGUUUUGUUGUUGUUCAAUUCUCCUUCCAGACGUUUGCAAUGAAAAUCAAACCACGCCGUGCCUCUCCGGCCCCCGUGGUGUCCACACGCACUGCGGGCCUCGCCUCAAACUUAUCACUGCCACGCGCGUCUCCCUGCGAACGCAACGCGAAUUGUGCCUUCUUCACAAUACUCCUCGUCGGCGUCUUCGACGUUCGAAGCCCAACGCGAUUCGUUUGGUGAAAGAGAGCCGCGCGCGUGCCUCUCAGCGCGGUUUUUGUACAUAGCGUGGUCGCUGUCAAUACGUUUCACUCUCGUUGUUGUUUUAAAUUAUGCCUAAUAUAUGUCGUAUGCGCGAAGAUGUACAUCAUUGUGACGGCAGUGAGCGCGUGUCGUCAACGCGUGCCGAUAUUCGCCCUUGUAGGGCGGUGAAACAUUUUUUUUUUACCAAAAAAAAAGAGCCUCUGCUGCUAUAUGACACCAUCAUCAUCUCGACACGGUGAUGGGAGUUAAUAAAAAAGAACACAUUUUAUAUAUCUAUAA